AUGGCGGCGCAUAGGAAAGUGUCUACUCGUAUUGUUUGUAUAUCCGAUACUCAUUCAAAUUAUGGUUUCACCUUACCGGAUGGUGAUAUUCUUAUACAUGCUGGUGAUUUAACACAAACAGGUAAACGUGAUGAAUGUGAAUAUGUUUUAAAUUGGUUUAAAAGUUUAAAACAAUUUCGUUUAAAAAUAUUAAUUGCUGGUAAUCAUGAUGUAACACUUGAUAAAACAUAUUAUGAUACAAAUUGGAAAUGGAUUCAUAUGGAACCGGAAAAUACUAUAGAAAUUAUUAACAUGUUUAAUGAUUCAACACUUCAAAAUGAUUAUGGAAUUAUUUAUUUACAGGAUCAAAUAUUUAUUGAUCCUGUAACUCAAUUAAAAUUUUAUGGAAGUCCAUGGCAACCUGCAUUUUGUAAUUGGGCAUUUAAUAUUAAACGUGAUAGUGAAGAGAUUCGUUCAGUAUGGAAUAAGAUACCAUUGGAUACAGAUAUUUUAAUAACACAUGGUCCACCAUAUAGUAUUCUUGAUUCAACAAAAGGAAAAGAACAUGCUGGUUGUAAAGCAUUAUUUGAACGUGUACAAAUUAUUAAACCAAAACUUCAUGUAUUUGGACAUAUACAUGAAGGAUAUGGAAAACAACAAGAUGAUGAUGAACAAACUAUAUUUGUUAAUGCAUCUACAUGUGAUCUUGCUUAUCGUCCAGUACAACCACCUAUUGUUGUUGAGUUAUGA